AUCAUCCUCCUCCUCCUCCUCUUUCUCUCGUCCGCGUCUGCGCGCACGCGCCACACACCACGGCGCACGUUCACGCGCGUCUACGGCUACAGUGUGCUGCUCUCUGUGCUCUCUCUCUCUCUCUCUCUCUCUCUCUCUCUCUCUCUCUCUCUCUCUCUCUCUCUCUCUCUCUUUCUCUCUGUCACACACACAUAGACGACCGGUGACAAAAAAAAAAAUGCUUCAUGCCGGGGAGGGAGCAGUGCGCGUGCAUUAAACGUCCAGGAGGAGACGUUUUUGCAAGGGAGACUAAUAGACUAUAUUAGCUUAUAUAUUGUUAUUAUUAACGAUAAUAGUAAUAAUAAUGCAGGGCAUAAGAAGACUCAGCUAGCCAUGUAAUCAUGCAGCCGAGCGGAACAGGCGCUGCUGGAGAAGAAGCACACGGGUGACAGCGGUUUGAGGGAAUGAUGAUACAGCGGACCCCCCGAGUGUAACGCUACAAAAGGCAAGGCUGAAAAAAGAAAGAGGAUGAGGAGAUCGUCACCAGGCUCUCUGUGCUUAGCCCCAGAUGCCUCCUCUCCCUCUUGACGAGCGCAUAGUGGUUAUCCAGCGGCCUAAAAGCUUGGCUUUGCGUGUGGCCUCUCCACCGACCACCUCUCAGUCUUCCUCACAACGACUUACAACCCGCAACGAACCCCCACCCCACUUACCACAGCCCCAACCUCCUCCACCCCGUCCUUAUCCACCCUCUAACUCUCUGUCCCUGGAAUGCAGGCACAGGCAUUUAUCCCGUGUGCAGAGAGCGAAGGGAGAGAGAGGUCCCACCACAGACGACAGCACCCCAAUCCCUAGUCACUGUCACAGCAAUGGGACUGUGACUCUGGGUCCCAGACCUCACAAGCACACACAUACCAUUGACAUUAAAGUCUCUGUGGACAAAGGAGGGACACAUCCCGACAAAGGGCGCAGUAGCAGCUUGACCCGAGGUGGAAGCUUCAGAGAGAGCAGAAGCAAGAGAGUGUCUCUGCAGGUGGAUUCAGAGCAAGGUGACAGAAAACCCAGAGGGAAGUCUUCUGACCCCCCAGAGAGGCAACAAAAUCAGAACAAACCACAGCACAGUAGCCAUUAUCAAAACCAGCUAGCUGUUUCACCAGGUGGGGUCUUGGAAUUUGUUCCAGCCCAAAGACAGCAAUCAAAAUCUAGGCGGACAAGAGAAGAAGAAUUGCCAUCAAAGUUUCAUUCUGCAGUUGCCAACUACAGGGACGUGCCUUCCGUGGGUAACAAAGAGAAUUCCAAACUGGGAACUGUCCAACAGCCUCCCAACCCCCACAGUCUACCCCGUCACCACAGCUCUGCCCCAUCACCCCAUGCUUCCAUCUUAAACACCCACUACCCAGCUGCCCCACCCUCUGUUCCCUUCCGGGCAACACCCUCCUUCCAGAACAUCAGUCAAACUCGCCCUUCGCGUACCAGAGAUCAACGCCCCCAGAUCCUCCACAAUUUGCCUCUCUCUCCCAUCUCCUCCCGUGGAGGCUUUCCCAGCCCAGACCACACCUGCACUAUUGACUUUUCUCACCCAUUCAACUGUGGCUGCUGGAGGCUGGUGCGUUGUAGGGGAGCGAGAGGCCACUCAGCUGGCUGUCAAGGUGGCACUGGAAGCCCAUCCUCUUCAUUUUCUCAAGCCCAAGGAGCAACUCCAAACAAAAGAGGUGACGGCACCAUGGGAUUGAAAACAUUAGGAGGAUGCUUGUCCACUGCCUCCACCACCAACACCUCCUCAUCCAACAGCACUGUGUCCGACUGCCGUACAGGGCUUCUAAGACCUUUAGGCUGUGCAUCCUGUUCAGGGGAAGGAAGAGGUUUUGAGAGUCCAGCCGCAUUUCGUAAAAAAUUGGUUGGCGGCUGCUUACCCUGUGCUCCCCUCUCCUCAUCUGCUCCCCUACGUGCCCUGCAGAGUUGUGUCAGUGGUUGCAACCCCAAAGCAAGUCAAACAGGUAGCUCCACCUGCAGCUACUGUAGCAGUGAUCCCAUAGUCGUAACCUAUAACCCUCACAGAGCUAAACCUCCCAACAUGGGCCACAGUAUUGGGGCACAUACAAUGGGUGGGUACCAACCUGAUGAUGAUGAUUACAGUGUGCGCACAAUUUGGCCUGAGGAGCUUGCAAAGAAGAUGACUCGCUCUAAAACCCAACCGAACCACCACAGUGCAGGUGUGGGGAUGGGAACAGGAAGGGCUUGCAUGGGCCAUGACCAGAAUGGAAGCAAUGGAACCAGUCCAGUUAUUCUGGACUGUCGAAACCUCCUAGAGUUCACUCGAUCCCAACUGACUGACCAUGCAGGGCGACGGAGACUCCAGCAAGGCAAGAUGGCAGUUUUGGACUUCAUGGGGUCCGGAAGCAGCAGAGACCAAGGCAGAGACUCCCUGAAGAGGCUCUGGAACAAAGGAGGAGAUGCUGGCAUGGGGGAUAGUGAUGGGAUAGAUGAUGAUAUGCUUCCACGUUCACCUUCCCCUCGUUCUCCCACUCCUGAGUCUCCCAUCUCAUUCUCUCCUCCACCUUCUGCUCCUGGCACUCUCAUCAAGUCCAAACCGAGAGGAAGAGAACGAGAGGGAGGGCACUCCUUACCAUCGGCUCAGUCGCUUCAUUUGGUCCUCAACUCACUUAACAGGGAGCAAGACGAGGAGGAGAAUGGAAGAGUGCACCUCUCCCUCCCACUCUCCUCCUCCCUCCCUGCUUCCCUGUCGGACGAGAGUGUGAUGACCCCAGACGUGGAGAAUGCUGUGGUCAGCCCCAUCCUGCCGUUGCUUUUCCUGGGAAAUGAGAGGGAUGCGCAGGAUCUGGAUCUGCUGCUGCGACUGAACAUCGGCUACGUAGUCAAUGUCACCACCCACCUGCCCCUCUACCACGUGGACACAGGUCUGGUGCGCUACAAGAGGCUCCCCGCCACUGAUAACAGCAAGCAGAACCUCCGCCAGUAUUUUGAGGAGGUCUUUGAGUUCAUAGAGGAGGCUCAUCAGAAUGGGCGGGGUGUGCUGGUGCACUGCCAAGCAGGCGUGUCCCGCUCAGCGACCAUCGUCAUCGCUUACUUGAUGAAGCACACGCUCAUGACCAUGACGGAUGCCUAUAAGUAUGUGCGGGGUCGACGACCAGUGGUGUCUCCAAACCUCAACUUCAUGGGGCAGCUGCUGGAGUUCGAGAGGGAUCUCAACUCUGGGGUUACUCCUCGAAUCCUCAUUCCCAAACUGAGUGGCCUGGAGACACAAGUCUGAGAGAGAGCGAGAGAAUAACAGGAGAGUGGAAGAUGAGAUAGGGCUGAGAAAGAGGAGGAGGAAGAAACAAGUCUCAAAAGGCUCCUUAGAUGAUUGCAAAAAUAGAUUUACAUCUACAUGUUUAUGUGGGUUGUCUUUUGUGAUGAGGUGUUUAAUAAUAGAUCCGAUAGAUCAGAAAAAAGAAUUCCGGUAAGGGUGCAGUAGAAACGUCUGGGGAGAAAGGAAACUGUUCAAAAGAAGAAAUGAAAAAGAAAUCCACUCUUUUGAGCAUUUAGAUGGGAUAAUUAUAGAGCUUUAAGAGAAGUAGGAAAAACGUGUUUGUAUAACCAACCUUAACAGUGAUACAGAGUUCAUAAUUAUGUGCCAAGUUUUAUAACGCUUAACAUCAAAUCCUACAUACUAAUGCAUUACAGCUCAGUUUAUUGCAAAUAUUAUAACAGUAACAGUAUUCUUAUUAUUGAUAUUAUCUAGCAGCCCUUGUUACACAUACGUUGGUGUGUGUGUAUGUUAAAGCUGUGAGGGCAGGGCUCCAAUGCAAUGCAAGUGGGGGUGGGGUGGGCGAACAUCCUGGCUGUCAAGCACAGAAGAAGUUACAGUGAUGUGACGAGUCUUUCGAAACCUGGGGGGCUGACAGGAUGGGCGGCGGGUUGGGUGGGCUGGACAUAUUGAGACCCAAAAAACUGUAGCAAAUUUCUCACACCUUCUCCACUGUGCACAGAACUUUUCUAGACAGAUUAUUCAAUAGAGAGUUCAAACGCACUUUAUUUUUUUAUCCCAACUGUCCCACAGUCGUGACACAAAGCUGGCUGCUGACAGACUUGAAAAAGCUCAACAUAGACAUGAUUUUUUAUUUUGCCUUUUAUUUAUUUUUACUUUCUUUUACUGCUACUGUCAUUACUUGAUUCACUUUUUACAUUCUUUAUCUGAAUUCCCUGUGUGGGAGAUGUGCAAUAGGACUGAGUAAUGGUGGCCUCUAAUGGCAGCCCGGUUAAAGAAAUAUUGAAUUAAAUUAUUCAUGUCGGGAAGGUGGUUCAUAAUAGACAUUUCUGAUUGAACUUGAGCUUUAGUUAUCUAUGAUACCAUCCCCAAAGAUGUUACAGUUUGAUGAGCAAAAAAAUGCCUUUGGCAGAGGAAUUGACUCAAAUGCUACAGUAUUUGGAAAAUUCACGUUGGACAGAAGAACAGCGUUUUUCCUUUCCUACCGAACCUGUGGACUGUUUUUCUUUGUUUUAAGCAUAUACUGAUUUCUUCUGGCAUGGUACAGAUUUAAUUUAUUUAUUUUCACAGCAUCUUUUCAAAAUGAUUUGUCAAUUUGUAUGUAUCAGUUGAUACAGAAAGAUGAGCUACACAUGAAGGAAAUCAUUUUCCGAGACUUCACAACAACAUUAAUUCAUUAGCUUGUAAAUGUAUAGUACCUUACGUGAAGUUAUCACUCUGAAUCACUCUGCCCAUACUCCCAUUUUGAACAGGUUUUGUCAGUUUUAUUUAUUUUCCUAAAUUCCUGGAGACAAGUCACGACAAGUGACGUUUUUGUUUUUUAUGUAGAUGUCAGAUCAACAAACUUAAAGCUGUUAUAGUUGAUAUUGUAGAAAACAGCUUUUGCCAUUUGCUCUCUAGCACUGUCUGUAUAUGGAAGACUUUCUGUCUUUCCAUUAUUAUCAGUGCAAGCUUGUGAAGCUAGCUCCUAAUACACAACAGUGUAUGUAGAUUUAAGCCUGUGUAACAGAUUCUGCACAUAGAUAUGAGGAGGCAAUUAUGCCAUAUAAACAUUUAAUCUGAUACGAACAAACGAAAAAAUGUAUUAGAACUCUAAUUAUACAGAGAAUUAUAACAAAAACUGUUUUUAGACAGUCACCAACUACAGCUUUAAGUAAAAAUGAGCUGACAUCUAUGGAUGACUGAGGUUGUAGUGGAAUUGAACCAGUCCAAUGAUAAUGGUACCGGUCCAUUCCUAUCAGAGGCAAAAACGUAAGGCGUACUGAGUAUGCUUGUGAUUUUUUUUGCUCAGCAAGUAAGUAAGUAAGUCUAUCCCCAUAGCAAUUUACCAAGUGUACUAAUUUGCUUAAUUCCACAUAUUAUCAUGGCGGCCUUUUGAAUAAACCAGACGUAUUAAGCUCUCAGGACAGAAGGCAAAUCAUCUCCGCUUAACGAUCGACUGUGGAAAACUACCACCCUUUUAAUUCUUCCUCACUUUUCCUACCUUCUGGUCCAUUGUUUACAUUCUCUCCUCUUAGUUCACAGAUUCUGAAGAGUGUUCCGGCUCUUUUUUAUGAUACUAUGCACCAUUCAGCUGUUCAUUUCUUUAUAUUAUGGAAGUGUAAUCUGUGACAAAAGACCAGGCAUUGUUCAGUUCACUGUGAUAAGCUUUCUUCUUCCUGCAUUUCGUCAAGUUCUUAGCCUUAGUCCUUGAAGUCUCCCCUCAUCAGUCUUGACUUGCAGGAGGUUUGUCUGCUCUCUCAGAGCUCUUAUCUCGCUCGCUGAGGCAGUGGGCUUGCACCCACCACUUCCAUGUCUCUACUAAUCUUCUCCUCCCAGAACUGCAGUGCUGCUUUGCAUUUCAUUGCAAAUGAGCUGGGUCAGGAUGCGGAGGCGUUAAUCGUAUUAGCCAAAAAAAUUGUGUGUGUUGUGAAACACUCUUAAAAAUAAAUAAUUAGUUAUUUGGAAAUAUGUACUCUAAAUGUAUUCGGUUUAAAUCCUAAACAUGGCAUCUGCUGCCACUCACAUACUGCAUCUGUGCAACAAGAUGCUCAGGCAUUAUGUUUUAGAACAUGGAUUAAAAUUAGGAUUAAGUUUCAGUAAAUAAGGUUACAGUUAGGGAUAGAACAUGGGCCAGGGGAAAAUUUGUGAAAAUGUAAAAGUUAAGCAUCAACACAGCCUGUCCAAUGGGAUAUACAAACAAAAGUAAAAAAAAAAAAUCAUUUGUUAUCAAUAUUGGAAUGGUAGAAAUGCAUGGACAGCAAAACACAAAUUGAUUCCACAACAGGUGUAGCGCCUCUGCUGGCUGGUGGCAGUAUAAUGUGUAACUCAGCCAAUGACCAGGUUUUAAAAACAAAUUUCGCUAAAAUGAAAGAAAAUGUUUUAUCCAGUCAUUAAUUAAUUUAUAAUACAUUAUACCAAAAUAUUAUUAAAAAAUUAAAAUGUCACAUUAAUAAAAGUUUCUUUAGGAAACCAAAAGAGUCGCGCAGACUCUGAUUUUGGGCCUCCCAAUUGCGAUUUAGAUCAGUCGGAGCAUAUCAAACAUUAUUUUUUUUUAUAACUCACUUAGAACAACUAGUGUUAUAUAAUAGUGUACACUAGUCACAGACUCAGUCUGAGUGAGGUGUGUCAACAGCCAAUGAAAGCUGAGCACAGAAACUAAAAAACAGGUAUUUGUUUUUAGUAUCUACUUGUCGUGUAUGACUUCCACCUUAUAAAUCUGUAGUUUCGAGGUUUGUUCAGUUCAGUUUAUACCCUGUUGUUUAUUGUUCAAUAAACAUAUUUUCCUUCAUCAUAAAAAAAUUAGGAAAACUCAUUAUGGAAGUGUGAGAUUUAUUUUUCAGCGGGUUGAAAGUGCUCUGAGAGACCAGACCAGUCUCUGCAAUCUAUCCAGAGAUGGAUGCUGCUGAUCAAUUCAAAUAUUAACAACAAAAGUACUUAAACUUGAAUAUUUGUACUAAAACCAUUGGUUCCUAUAUUGCCAUUAUUUCUUUACAUAUUUGUCUUUAGUAUUUAUUACGAUGAGCUGUUGAAUUUUAAAUCCCUACUUUGCUUUUUUUUUUAAACCUUUUUUUUUCUUCAAAUCUAAAACUGCCAGUUGCUUCGGCUUGUGUGGGUAGAUACAUACAGCACGUGUUUUAGAAGUGAAAAUGAAAUUCCACGAAUGCCUUUAGGAAUAGUAACGGUCUUCCAAGUCAGUGUAGCACCUAACGAUGGACAAGAAAUUUACAUUGUGAUUCUUGGAGAUCUUGACCUUGUUCAGAAGUGUUUGUGCAAUGUGCUGUGUAUGUGUGUGUGUGUAUGUAUGUAUGUAUGUAUGUGUGUGUAUGUAUAUAAGAGAGCGAGAUGGGGAGGGAAGGUCAGCAUCUAUUGUAAACCUUUCUCACCAUUUCUAGUAGAAAUCCCAACCUCAGGCCUUGCUUAUGAAUCAUUGACAAAACUCUAACCUCGAUGGAAGCCUGCAUCUGUCAAUGCCACAGUCAACGAUGCCUUCUUUUCCCAUAGGUUUGCUCUUCCAGUCAUUAGGAAACGAUUACCUCUCUAUUCAUUCAGACAUACCUUCCAUCGCAGACAUGAAAAGCGUGAGAUUUGGUACGAGGAACUUCAGUCAAGUGACUUCUGACAUUUUCUCUCUCUGUGAACUAUACACACAGCUUAAUGUUCUUCAGAGACGCACCGAAUACACUUGGAAAGUGCGUGUUAAACUCUAAAGAAUGAAAAAUGAUAAAACAUCUGGAGAGUGUAUUUUUGUUUCUUUGUUUUUGUGUGCUGAGAGAUCUAUUGAGCUAUGUGUCUUUUUGCACAGGAUAUUCAACAUCUAAAUGUAAAUUUUGGUGUAUAAUUUGCUCAGACAUGUAAAUCUAUGUCUAUUUCUGUGACUUUAUAUAUUUAUUCAUGUAUGUUUAUGCCUGUUUUUCAGUUUCCUCUUUUUUAAAAUCAUGAUCUAAGUUAUUGUGCCAAAAUGAGGGGUGACUUUCGAGAGCUGGUGAUUGCGACAUCAGUCUGCGGAGGAUAAAGAAGUGCCCUGGAGGAUGAAGUGUGACGAGUGCUGUCCCAUUAUCAGUGUCUUGCCUUUACUCCCCUGCCUCCCUGGAUGACACCAAGUUAGACCCGAUGACAAUGUUGUAUUCCGUUGCUGUAUCUUUAUACAUUAUGUGCAGGUUUUUUUUCUCCGCGGAACUGCUGAACAAUGAUUCUCAUGAGAUGAUGUUAUAUUUUCAUAUGUUGACAAUGUUUUUUGUCUGAUCAUUACGAUUUUAUCAGUGACUCUUUUGAUAGACGUGUAUAGAAGUACUAGGUUACUGUCCCUUAUGAAUGGCAGGAGUAAUUGGUAUGCAUGUUGUACCCGUAUCUCCAAUGACCUGAGAUUUUCAUGUCCACGCUACACUGUAUAUGGCGCAGCUGGACAUAUCAGUCUUUUCUCAUGUGUGUUCAGUCCUCAUUGUGCUCCUAAAAGUAAAGGUGCCUAAAUGGUUCUCAGCAUAGACAUACAGUUCUGGGAAGAACACUGGUAUUAGAAUUGGUAUUAGAGGUGCGCCGAUACGAUACUCAGUAUUUUUAUUGGUCCAAUACUGGCCAUCACUGGAUCGUAAUCGUGAACAAAAUCAAUAUGAUUAGGAUUGUUAUUUAGAUGGACAGAUGUUAAGCAAAAUGCAUUAAGACAAUUGUAUUAUUUUCAGUAUCAGUCCUAAGUUCAAGCACUUUUUACUGAAAGGAUUUUCUUGUGUUCAUGAAAACUCUUUUUGGCAUCUUUAUUUUCAAGGGCAUCAUUGGCUUUAUCAUUGUGAAUCGAUCAAUAGGAGGGCUUUGUUGCUUUUUUUCCUAAAACCUACUGUGAUUGAGCGACUGUGAUAUAUAAUGCUCUAAAGCAACAAUGAUAAUCAGUAUGAGAAACUGAUUAUUACCAGUUAUGACUAGGAUGAUAAUGAUUUACCUCUUUAAGAAAGAGCAGAAGAUCCAACGGUUGGCUGUAUUACCGCAGAACUGUCCACCAUUGAUGUACUUGGAGAUUUCUGGAAAACGAAAUGAUUUGUUGAAAUACAUUUUUUUACAUCAAAUCACCAAUA